AUGUGCUACCAGUUCCUGAAUAACAAUAAAUUUAAGACCUUGAGACAUGAAGCAAGAGUAUAUGAGGCUUUGAAGUCAUACAACUCGCCUCACUUCCUCACAUUUGAAGAUCGCGGCUUGGUUGACGAUCGUUUCGUUUUCAUCGUACUCAAAAUGGCUGGAAAGAACCUACUAGAUGUCCUAGCCGAUUGCCCAGACAAAAAAUUCUCAAUGAUAACGGCGUUACGUGUAGGCGAACAAACCCUUGCAUCCAUCCGUGACCUUCACUUUUGCGGAUUUAUUCAUCGCGAUAUCAAGCCGGACAAUUUCGCUAUUGGACGAGAAGAAGACAAAACAUCGCACACCAUCUACAUUUUGGACUUCAAAUUUUCACGCAAAUUCAGGUGCAGCUGUGUUCAAGCUGUCACGACAAGGAGAAAAUCGCAUAGUUCGUAG